UUUGAUAAGUUUCGCAUAACUGAACCUUCUAAACUUUUCAGUAACACUCAUUUAUUUUCUAAUCGCAUUUUAGGAGAGAGAAGGGAGAGAAUUUGUUUUGAGCUCUCAAAAUAUGUUUUGCAUUGAGUUCCCUGUGGAAUAAGUAUAAUGUUGAUGCUGCCAAUGAGUCGGUUUCGAAACUAUAUAAAUAUAGUACAGUAAGCUUAAAAACAGUCAGUCGAGAUUUCCUCUUAGCAAAUUUGGGUGCAGAGUUUCAAAAUGCAUAAGUCUGUGAAAUUAUUAAAUGUAUUAAUUUUUACAUUAAUUGUAUACGAGUCGAACGCGAAAUUACUUAGCUGCAGUUACCACGACACGGUGGAUAUUUCGUAUUUAAAAGGUGUAGAUGACUAUUUCGGCCAAGUUCCUGUCAAUGGGACAGUGGAACAUUUAUGUAGGGAGACCACAAACGCAUGUGUGUGUAAAGGGUUGAACUGCGUCGGAGUUUGUUGUUCCAGAACGGAAUUUAUUCCCAUUGGCGAGUGCAUAUAUAAUCAAGUAGAGUCACCUAACAGAAAGAAAGACAUCCUAAGUAAAUCCGAAACUUUAAGAGAAUACCCCAGCUGCCAUGGACAUACAUUGCUUGAGAAUGAAACCAUCGCAAUAAAAAUAUACCAAUUGACCGAAUCGGGAUAUAUCAUCGACAUCUAUAAGUAUACGACAAUCUGUUGCAAAAUGAGGCCAGCGGUGCUCGUACUUGGUGUGAUAUCAGUUAUAUGCUAUGUACUAACGAUUGCCGCCUAUCUGUACUUUAAACAACUUCGAAAUAUAGUCGGAAAGUGCUUUUCAAGUUGCUUAGUCUGCAUGUGUAUGAAAUGCAUUUUCUGGUUGCUGGACGAUCAGUGUUUGUUGAACAGAAAUAACGCUGUUAAAGGUUACCUAGCCUACUUCUUCUGGAUAGCUUCGUUUCUUUGGUUCCUUGUUCUAAAUCAUGUUAUUUGGAAACAUUUUAUUGUAAAAGAUCGAAAUCUUCCCCAAUCUAGGGUUCGGUUCAAGAAUUUUUGUUCCUUUGUCUGGCUCACUGCGGCCAUUUGCACCGUACUGAUUUAUUUCGUAAACUAUUUCUGGGAGAAGAACGCAAAAUACAUGUUUUCAUAUUUCAUUCAAUUUGAUGCUGCGGACAGCUCUUACACAAUUGCCUUCUACUAUAUAGGGAUGAUGAUUGUAAGUCUUAUCAACAUGGUCUGUAGUAUCCUGGUCGUAAGAAAUGUUAAAGAAGUGCUUAAAGUUGAACUAAAGGAGAGGAACAUAUUAAGAUAUUUAUUUUGGCUGCGAUUACCUACGAAAUUGGGAGUUUUUUGGAGUCUGGAUUUGAUUCUCUGUGUAAUGCAGACCUAUAGAGUUUUUCCACACUUCCUGUGGGUAGCCGACUAUUUUCAUGCUGCCAUUGGAAUACAAAUUUUUUUGCUAUUUGUUGUUAGGAGAAAAAUCCUUGAAUGGCUUAGAAAAGAAGACCCAGUUGAAGUAAAGCCGCUGACUGUGGACACUUUCGGAGGUGAAACAUCUUUCUAAACAAAUGAAAAUGAUGAAUCUAUUUUUAACAUACAUUUAUACAUUUAAAAUUGGAAUGAUGAAUCCAAUGCCAAUAAAUAUCCAACAUAAAUAAAUAUUUGAAGUUCGUACUUAUUCAGCCCAAAGGAAAUGAGACACAUGUAACCGAGUAACCGAGUAUCCAUGAUAAUCAAGACCGCCACUUUAGAUCCGUUCCACUUUAUGAACUCAAGUGGCAGACCGCGAUAAGUUCAUAGUGUCCCGAGUCGAGUGUUCCCCGCCCAAUUAGAAGAAGAGUAUGUCAAUGGCG